AUGAACGAGAAGAAACAAGAAGAAGAACAUCUGAAGAUGAACGAGGAAAUAGCUGUUGUUUCGAACCCUUUAAUGCCCCAACUGCCAGAAGCAAUUAUCACCGACAUACAUUCGAGGCUACCUCCUACAUCGCUCAUAAAAUUCAGGUGUGUGUCAAAACCUUGGAGCAUCCUAUUUGAUAACCCUAAACUUAUUGACAUGAUAAAGUUUAACUUUAGUAUCAUGAUUGUAUACGACAACAACAUGUACUCUAUAGAUAACAAAUCAUUAUCAUCAUCAAUAUUACGUGAUCGUAUUGAUCAUUGCCCAGACGAUGACGAUGAAAAUGAAGAUGAUUACUCUAGGAUUGGUUUACUUGAUGGUGUUGACGAGGAUGAUCUUAGUUCAAAUUUUAGUUUAUGGAACCCAUCUACUGGGGACUACAAAGUUAUACCCAGCCCUCCUGAUGAUCAAACUAAAGGUUAUAAUAACUCCAGACGUGGCCUCUCAACAUUGAUAGCAUAUGGGUUUGGUUACGACUCAAAGAGUGAUGAUUACAAGUUCUCAUCCUCUUCGUCCGAAGACUUGAUUGCUUUACAUAUGACAGAUGAGCUCGUUAGAGGAAUCCAACAGCCAAAAACCAAUUUCAAGAAGUGCGGUUACACCACAUGUAUUGAUGUGGUGGAUGGGUGUCUUUCCAUGCUUUAUAGUAAUGUAAACCUUGGUUUUCAAGUAUGGUUGAUGGAGGAUUACGGAAAGAAAGAGUCAUGGACUAAACUUUACAACAUUUCAAAACUGACAUCACCUGAAAUGGGAAGGUCUGGGUGUUUGAGAAGGAUCAAGUGUCUAAAGAGCGGAGAUAGUCUAUUAGAGGUUGGCUACAACAGACAUGGGCCCAAUAGAAAGGCUUUGCUUUUAUAUGAUCCAAAGAAGAAAAUGUCUACGACUUUGGUAGAAGAUGAGGAUGAGUACACGUCAAAUUCACUAUCGUUCCAUAGUUACGUGAAGAGCUCGGUUUCAGUUUCCUCGAGUAGUACUAAAGCCAGCUAA